AGUUGUAUUUCUUCUUUCACACUCAUCGUGAAAAGCUCUUAAUCAAAACCAUCAAAAUCUCCUCAAGUGUAUAAUGAUACUCACUCAACAACAUAAUCGUUUCGACCCGGAAGUCGUCUCGAGCUCUCAAAUGAGCGGAUCCUUCUACGGGAUUCCUCCUUCUAACCAAGUGAGCCCCAAGGAAGAGGAUCCGAGCAAAGUUCUGCUGGAUUUAUUGCAUUGUGGGCGUGGUAAAGCGAGCCCCAAGGCUGCAAGUGAGAGUGCUAGAACCGACAGCACUAUGAGUUCAGCGUCCGAUUCCGAAUACUCCGAAGAUGAUCUUGACCGUUAUUUUGAACAACAGAAGCAGAUGCUUGAAUUAGGGCUACAACGAGCCUUUCUUGAAGAGCAUGGAGACUCUGUGGAUCGCCGGGUUUUGACCCAGGCUUGCCACCAGCUAGUUGAUAGGACCUUUCGAGAGGUCGAGACCGCGCGGACGGGGUUAAUAAACUCACAAACGAAUCGAUACAUGAAGAGACCAGAAGAGUAAGAGAUAUGAGUGAUCAGAGCCAUUCCCUUAUUACGAACACGUACAUCAUCAACGUCAUGACUGCCAACAAGAAAAUUACGACAUUGCCGACGUAUAUCAACAAUACCAUCGAUCUGGUGUAUCGCUAAUAGAUGCCGUGAUGAUCAUCAUCAUCAUUAUUCACAUUCUUCUUUCAUGUGAAACAAGUUCGUACCACAUGUCAUCCACAUUGUACUGUUUGUUGUAGACUCGCUCCACGGAUGAUAUUUCCCCUCGAGACUUUGCUUCACAUAUUCCGUUUUGUGGAUGCACCGUCACUUGUCUUUACAAGGUGCCGUUGUUUUGGUGUGUUCGGUCGACGGCGAGUGAUGGUAUUGUUUGAGGAGGCUUUUUCUCUGCUCAUCAUGUAGGGUGAGCCAUAGUCGCUGACACUUUGUUGUCCGUUCACAAAGACCUCUACAAUGGGUACGCCUGUAACAGCAUAUAUAUAUCAUGUUUGCCUCGGAUUUGUCACCAGAAUCGGUUUAGUCCACCCGUACGAUCAUUGCUGAUGAAUAUGUGAUUAUAGUUGCGAGUUUUGUAGCCUGCAUAAGGCGCUCGAGUGUUUCAUGGUUGUAUGAUAAUCACAUCACGUAUAUCAUCCUUCUCGUAUCUGCUACUUGUCGUCUCGAGCAAGGGUUCGAUGUGGCGAAGGAGUGAUAAUAUCACUAUUCACUGGCUAUUUUAUGGGUUGUAUUUGCAGCUGUAUAGAUCGUUGCUACUCGAUAUCAGAUAUCAAUCUUGUUUGAUGAGCGAUCUACUGUGAGAAUGAUGAUACUUGAUUAUUUGAUCCGUCUGUGCAUUUGUUAUCGUGUCUUCGACUGCUGUGAGAUCUCACUCGAUUUCCUCCUUGCGGUUCGAUCUACUCCCGAGAUCAGCAUAGGCGUCAUUCCUGACCAGCUAAGACGCCCGUGUAAGUGUCGUUCAUUUAGCGGAGGUCGCAUGUUUGCUACUGUUAGUCAUUCGGGUUUAAGUCGCAAUCGUAUUCUGCUUGGUAUCAGAGUGAUUCCUGCUUGUUGUCGAUAUUAGCGUAAUUCUACUCGAACGUCUGGUGUUACUGAUGUUCUCUACUGUUUCGGCUCUAUCCAAUUCUUCUUUCUCCAUUUCGGCUGCAACUCGUUCUACCGGUCAUUAUCUCCACUUCUACGCCAUUGAAGAAUGGUAUCUGUCUUAUGUCAACUAUGUUAUAAUCCUUAGUAUAUAGUCUAUAUGGUCAACGUUGUCACUGAUGCUACUCUAUUAAGUGAGGUAUCACUGUAGAGCAUGUUAUCAUCAUCAGAAGAGUAUGGGUCAUCUUCAUUACAAGGGUGUUUCGUCCUUACUGCGUUACCGCACUUUCAGCGCGGUGUUGUUGGCAGUGGUCAUGAAGAACCACGUCGAGCAAUAACAAAAAUAACAAAUGAAUACGCUGACUUUCUUGAGAGGGUGUCGAAUGCAGUUCUCUCACCUCUUCGUAAUCGUAACAUAAAACUUUCACGGUAUUUCUCGUAGUAGUUAUCGAUGCAAUUUGUGCAGCAUGCUCGCGUCACUCUCUGUGAUAGCAGUAGCUGCGAGUACUUUAUUCAACUGUCUAUUAUAUAUGCGCCAAAUAGGCGCAAUUGUGUCGCCGAUUUCUUCCGUAAUUUGCAAGAGGAAGUGUGAUGGAUGGGUUGUUGCUGCUGCUGUUAUACGAAAGCAGCAGCGACAUGUACUGCGAUCUACAUAAUUAUCCUUAGACCAUAAGAGGACGUACUCAAGUUGCGUUGCUAUUACUUGUAUCUACCGAUGAA